AUUCAAAUUUCCACAGUGACUGUUGUAUCCCAAACCGAAGGUUCGGAAAUCUUGUGCAGCAAAUAAUAAUUCGAAGAAUCACUUGUGUCUUUCGAUUCGGAAUGGCACAAAAUAUAAAUCCAUUUUAUUCGUCUCAAAAUACUCCGAGUAAAGCUGCAGAGGAAAAACAGAAUAUACCAAAAGACAAGCAUGCAGUUAGUAAACGAUUGCAAAAGGAACUCAUGGUUUUGAUGACGAGCACAGAAAAAGGUGUUUCUGCCUUUCCAGAUGGAGAAAAUUUAUUCAAAUGGAUAGGAACUAUUACAGGACCAAGGGAUACGGUUUAUGCUGGUCUUACAUAUAAAUUAACUUUAGAAUUUCCCCAUAGUUACCCAUAUAGUGCUCCAAUUGUACGUUUCGCUACUCCUUGUUUUCAUCCAAACGUGGACGCAGUGGGUAAUAUUUGUUUGGAUAUAUUAAAAGAGAAAUGGAGCGCUUUAUACGAUGUGCGUACUAUAUUGUUAUCUAUACAAUCUCUUCUUAGUGAACCUAACAAUGAGAGUCCCCUCAAUCCACAGGCAGCAAAACUAUGGAACGAUCAGACAAAGUAUAAGAAACAUUUAACAGAAGAAUACCACAGAACUUUGAAUCGCGAUCAACAAGAUUCAUGAUAAGGGUAUUUUUAUAAUGAUCAUGGCUUGUUCAUUAUUUUUAUUUCUAUCAAUGUUACAUCUAGGUAUAAGAUAUAGAAAAACGAACUGCACCGAAUUUAUGUACUUCAUUAUAGAAAAUUUCAUUUCCUAUUAUCUUUUGCACUCGUAUACCCUAUCAUGCAAAAAGGACAUAUAAACACACUUUAUAUUGUUCAUCGCGAUCAUAUUUGUUAUAUAAUUUCGUCAGUCUGUCUUGAAAAUGUAUAGAAAUUUGUAUAAUGCUUUUAAGACUGUAUGCGGAUUAAACAUUUUUAUAUCGUCAAUUUGUAUCAGAAGCUUUUAUUUAUUUUUAUUUUUAUUUUUAAUAUAUGGUACAUUGGAUAUAUUUUACGGUUUCCAUGCAUACGAGUGACAGUGAUCAUUGACGUUACAUUAUCGAUAAUUAUUGUAUAUUUAAAAAAUAAAUAUUUUAAACACUAAAAUUAUGAAAUUCAUUAUACUUUCGCAAACUGUUUUGUUCAAAAAUAAAUACGUAACGAUUUUCGUACGUUUAAGUAAAGUCGUACUAUUAUAUAAAACUGUACUUAACUGAUUGAUGUUAGUCAUCUUCAAACUAAUAGAUAUUAUUAUUUUAUCGAGUAUAAUAAAUGAUCUGUUAUGAGCAAUUGUAACAAUAUAAUUAAAAUGUAAUGCAGAAAAACAAUGAAGCAUCCUAGCCCCGUUAUUUUAUGAGAGCGUUGAAUUAUCAAAUAUACAUUUUC